CUUCUCCUGCCCGUAGCUGGUUAGAUUUAGAUUAGAUUACUACGUUACAGGUUAACCAGCGCCGACGUUGGAGCCUGCGAACUGUCAAGGAAUUCACUAAAAGACAACUAUCUGUGUUGGUGGCACCGCGUCUCCUGGAAAGUGAGCAAUCCUGGGAUGAUACGGCCAACACUCCCACCCCAUGUUUCAGAGAUCCCAGAAUUAACACAAUUUUUAAUUUUAUCAUUGAAUUCACAACCACCUCUCUCUUUGUUCAUCUUGGAUAACGACAUUUUGAAAGAGCUUCCUCGUUCAACCGCGUCUCUGUCUCUCUCUCGACUUUCCAUUCCGGCGUAGAAAUGGCAAUUGUGGUUGAAUCUCUCUUCAAAGAAAGAAAGUACCCGUUCGUUUUCGCACUCUUGAUUUUGCUCAUAUGCGUCACGCUCCUCCUCUUCUCUAACUCUACCUCCACCACCACUUUCAACCGCGUCGUCUUCUAUCCUGAAGUUAAAGGCCAACCAUCUCCGACCCCUUUCGUGGCCCCGAUCUCAUCAAUUCAGAAAGACCAAGCGUUACCUAAAAAAGUGGCCCCUGCCACAAGCCCAAAAACUGAAGGGCUACCCCAAAACUUGAAUCCGAUCACGAUUCCCAAAGAUGAAGGGCCACCCGAAAGCGAGCUUCCGAUCACACAACCCAAAGGCCAAGAGCUUCCCCAAAAGAAGGGGGAUAUCGACAUUGUUACCGUUGAUGUGAAUAUUGAUUGGAAGCUAUGCAAGGGUCCAAUGGCGGUGGAUAAUAUACCCUGUUUGGACAAUUACAAGGUGAUCAAGGCUUUGAAGAGUAGGAGGCACAUGGAGCAUAGGGAAAGGCAUUGUCCAGAUCCUACCCCGCACUGUUUGGUGCCGCUUCCGAAUGGGUAUAAAGUCCCCGUUCCGUGGCCCAAGAGCAGGGACAUGAUUUGGUAUAACAAUGUGCCUCAUCCAAAGCUCGUGGAGUACAAGAAGGACCAACAUUGGGUGGUAAAGUCUGGUGAAUAUCUUGUCUUUCCCGGAGGUGGCACUCAAUUUAAAGAUGGAGUUAAUCAUUAUAUUGAAUACAUACGGAAGACACUACCAGAAAUUCAAUGGGGAAAGAAUAUCAGGGUUGUCUUAGAUGUUGGUUGUGGCGUUGCUAGCUUUGGUGGAUAUCUGCUGGACAAAAAUGUUAUGACCAUGUCAUUUGCCCCAAAGGACGAACAUGAAGCUCAGAUACAGUUUGCUCUAGAGCGAGGAAUUCCUGCAACUCUUUCUGUUAUUGGAACACAAAAGCUGACAUUUCCAAAUGACGGAUAUGAUUUGAUCCAUUGUGCACGAUGCAGGGUGCAUUGGGAUGCAGAUGGUGGUAAACCAUUAUUUGAGCUGAAUAGGAUUCUUAGACCUGGAGGCUUCUUUGCAUGGUCUGCCACACCAGUUUAUCGAGAUGAUGAAAGAGAUCAGAAAGUAUGGAAUGCCACGAUGACCGUAAUAAGAUCUAUGUGCUGGACGGUUGUGGCUAGGACUUUUGAUUCAUCUGGAAUUGGGAUGGUUAUAUACCAGAAGCCUACUUCACCUGAUUGCUAUGGAAAACGCAAAGUGAAUAAUCCACCUUUGUGUCAAGAGAAGGAUGGGAAAAAUAGCUCAUGGUAUACCAGAUUCAGCAGUUGCCUUUCUCCUCUUCCGGUUGACGGCAAGGGUAAACUGCAGAGCUGGCCCAUGCCCUGGCCCAGGAGGCUUACCAGUAAACCUCCUAGCUUGCAGUCUGAUUUUGAUGCUAUUGAGAUGUUCAACAAGGAUACCAAACACUGGUCUCAAUUAGUCUCAGAUGUUUAUGCGAAUGGUCUUUCUAUCAACUGGGACAGGGUGCGAAAUAUAAUGGACAUGAAUGCUGGUUAUGGAGGGUUUGCCGCAGCACUAAUUGAUCAACCAGUCUGGGUGAUGAAUGUAAUGCCCAUUGAUUUGCCAGACACUCUUUCUGUCAUAUUUGAUAGGGGUUUUAUAGGAAUGUACCACGAUUGGUGCGAAUCUUUCAAUACCUAUCCUCGCACAUAUGAUCUUCUUCAUUCGAGCUUCCUUUUCGGAAAUAUUGAGAAAAGAUGUGACAUUGUAGACGUGGUUGUAGAGAUGGAUCGCAUAUUGAGGCCAGAAGGAUAUGUUGUGGUUCAAGACUCCAUCGAAGUAAUCAGGAAGCUGAGCCCAAUCUUGCGUUCACUUCACUGGUCUGUGAGUGUACAUCAAGAUCAGUUUCUUGUGGGCAGAAAGGGUUUCUGGCGCCCCAUGGCAGGUGGACGCUGAAUAAUGAACAAGAUUACUGCGAUGAUAUAUCCCAUUUUUGAAUCCUCCCUUGUUUUAUUUUGUUCUGGCUGGAUACAAACUAAGAAAUCGAUGCUGCAGAACAUGUUUACGAUGCUGAAGUUUUUCCGACAGGAAGCCUUGUCUGAGUAUGAAUUCUGUAGACCAGACUUGGACUGCGAGAUUUUUGUUCCUCAUUUUCCCUGUUGCGUGUUCAAUGACAUUUAGCUGUGGUUCUUUGGGACCUAA